AAAAGAUGUAGAGAGAAAUACUGUCUGUGUAGAAAAGAUGUAGAGAGAAUACUGUCUGUGUAGAAAAGAUGUAGAGAGAAUACUGUCUGUGUAGAAAAGAUGUUCCAGAUAAAUAGUCGGCUACAAUAAUGAAGAAUCUAAGCUUUUAACCGUGUGAGUCACCUGCUAUAAAACAGGAAUGCUAAAUGAGCAUUGUGUGUUCCAUUUUGAACAGACUUGUUGGAACUUGCUCUGGCGCAACAAUCAUUAUUGAACCACUAGGGCCUGUUACCUGUACCAUGCAAACAACAUUUAAUACAUUUGUCAAUGUUUAGAUUGAUGUUUGUUGUGGUCAUAGCUGGGGCUAUUUUACUCAUGGAUGACGGUGAGCCAGUCAGUAGAAGACUUCAUGCUCCACGAGGAUCUGUCACAGACCUGUUAUGACAUGCACAACAGUUGUUUCUUCCCUGUUGCUCAUUACUUUUCUUUUAUAGCUGUUGACACUUGUUUUUUAGAGAGCUUUUGCUUUCCACACGCUCACGUACUUUCGAAGGAAGCCUUGAAACACUUCACACGGGGGCAGGGGUGUAUACGCUUAGAAGUCUCUAGUCUCAUGGAAAUAAAUUGAUGUCCAGGUUCCCCGGUACAUUUCCUUUACGCAUUCAGUUUUUUUAGAGACACGACAGACAGGCUGGAGGCUUCAUGGAUUUAAGUGUGUGUGUGUGUGGGAAGCGAAGGUGUGUGUGUGUGUACUAGUCUAUUCAUGCUCUGUCUUAAGCCUAACACUACUCGCCUCCAGAAUUGGUUUCAUGCUCUCUCUCAUUCUGUGAUAGACUCUCUGUUUCUGAGUCACCCACCCACUCAGGAUGAGCUGUCAGAAUCUGGAGAGAGAGAGACGCGAAGUCAUCCGUCCAUCCACUGUCUCACCACAUGCCUACGUGACAAGUGGUUGCUGACGGACGAUGGCAUCCUCAACAUCACAGAGAUCACGUUCGCUGACCGUGGCAAGUACACGUGCAUGGCGUCCAACGUGCACGGCAGCGCCAACUGCACGGUCACCAUGCGCGUGGUCCUGCACAGCGGGGACCUGGGGGCCUACUACGUGGUCGUGUGCCUCGUCACCUUCACCAUCAUCAUGAUCCUCAACAUCACGCGCCUCUGCAUGAUGAGCAGCCACCUGAAGAAAACUGAGAAGGCCAUCAACGACUUCUUCCGCACUGAGGGCGCCGAGAAGCUCCAGAAGGCGUUUGAAAUCGCCAAGCGUAUCCCCAUCAUCACGUCAGCCAAGACCCUGGAGCUGGCCAAGGUGACCCAGUUCAAGACCAUGGAGUUUGCCCGCUACAUCGAGGAGCUGGCCCGCAGCAUCCCGCUGCCCCCGCUCAUCAUGAACUGCCGCACCUUCAUGGAGGAGAUCCUGGAAGUGGUGGGGGUUGAGGAGAUGAGGCACACGUUCCUCCGCCAGGCUCCAGAGGGGCACCACCUGGGCGGGGCAUUGGGAUGCCGGGCGGCCCUGGUGCAGGGGGCCCUGGUCGGGGUGGGGCCCGGCGACGUCUUCACCAUCCUCCGGGAGAGAGAUAGGGAGCGAGAGAGGGAGAGGGAGCGUUCCGGAUCCCCAGCAGCGGAUUCUGACGACGCGUCGUUGCAUGAGCAGCCUCAGCACAUCGCCAUCCAGGUGUCCAUCCACCCCCCGCUGCCCAUGGAGGCCCCGGCUCUGGCCGAGGCCACGCCCUCAUCUCCUCCACCAUUGGCUCCCCUGCACCUAGAGGAGGAGGAGGAGGAGCAAGAGGAGCAGGGUUCAGAGCCGGAGCAGGAGCCAGUGGAGGAGGCGGCGUUGGGGGUGGUGCUGGAGGGGGAGCCAGAUCCAGAGGUUACUACUAAGCUACAGCCUGGUCAGGUGAUUUACGAAAGCUAUGUGUAAACAACAACAGGAGGAGAAAAAAAUUACGGGAUGAACGAUCCUGUCCUAUGCAUUCCCCCCCCCCACUUUCAAAAACAAUAUGUCAAGAAAAGGUCAUUUUAUUUCACUUCUCAACAGAACUAGCUUAAAACUGGAACCUAGAUACUACGUAUGUAGGUCCAUCUGGAUUAUAUUUGAAUAAUCUAGUCUGGAUUCCAAUAAAUCAACUUGAUAAGACAUUGAGUAUAAUCAUCAUCCUUCAUGCUUAUGGAUCUUCAUGUUGAAUAUAUUGUGGCUGGAGAGGAUAACCAAUAAGCGAUAUGCGUAAGUAUAAAGCAUUGUAAAGGCCAUUUUAAUUAGUAUUAGUGAGCAGACGAAAGAGCUGUUUUUCGAUUCAAGCAUUUCCUAAAUCGAUUUCAGGAAGAAAAAAAACGAUCGACUUGUUGACGGUUAUGCUUUUAUCUCUUUGCAGUAUUAUUCCGUUUUAUGAUAAAUUCAUAAAUUAGCUCUUCAAGCUGCCGUUGUGCAAUCACUGUUACUAAGCAGACCACAAAGGCUUCUUUUGUUUCAGCUUGAAAAGACUGCACAUUCUCCUACCACUGUUACAACCAACCGACCUGAAGUUUCAGUAUCAUGUUAUAGUACGUCAAAUGCAUGCUGGACUCUGAGAAAAAAUAUGGAUUUGAAAGUGUGGUCUAUAGUCAAAUUUAGUCAGUUAAACUCUGUACAAGUGAUUUAUAUAGACUGYUAUAACUUCUGUAACAUCUGAAUUAUUGGAUCAUGAAUAAAAUUUCAGGGGAUGAUUGAAGACCUAGAUGUUUCAGGCCUUCUGGUCUGUGAUGCACGUAAUUAACAAUUGCAUAGCCACUAUAGGCCUUCUAGUGUGGUUCAUUGAAACAUUUUGAGAAAUUACAUUUAUUAUUCUGAUGCCCACUGUGGUGUUUUGACUUCCUAGAUGUUAGACGUUAUACAAUUUUGCCGCCUUUAUACGGUCUGUGUUGUUUCCAAUAUUUCCAUCUGAUUUUCUCCCAUUUCUUUUUGUAAUAUGUUAAGUUUCUUAUCUCGUUUUAAAUGGGUCUCAAACCCCAGCCUCCCUCCACCUCCGUACGUGUUUUAAUUAAAGAGGCUUCAUUGACAGUCUGAUGCAUGUGAAAUGAGUGCGACGUAUUGGGAUUAGUCUUUUAACAGGACUAAAAUACUUUAUCUGCUUAAUAGUCUGGGUGGGGGUUGAUGUUGCUCUGCUUUAAACUAUACUCUUUUUUUGUAGUGAAAAUAAAGUCUGUGUUACCAUGGUU